CUGCAGGCGGGCAUUGUGGGGUUGCCCAACGUGGGCAAGUCCACGUUAUUCAACGCGCUGGUGGAGAAUGGUAAGGCCCAGGCGGCCAACUUCCCGUUCUGCACCAUCGAGCCCAAUGUGGGCAUCGUGCAGGUGGAAGACCCCCGGCUGAAGGAGCUCAGCGGCAUUUCGGGAUCCAAGGAAAUUAUCCCCGCCACGGUGGAGUUCGUUGACAUUGCCGGUUUGGUGAAGGGCGCCUCCAAGGGAGAGGGUAUGGGCAACCAGUUCCUCACCAACAUCAGGAACACGGACGCCAUUUGCCAGGUGGUUCGCUGUUUCGAAGACGAUGACAUCAUUCACGUCGCGGGUAAAGUGGACCCACUGGACGAUAUCGAUGUGAUUAAUUUGGAACUGGCCCUGGCUGACCUGGGGGUCAUUGAGAAGCGGGUGGAGAGGCUCAAGAAGGGCAAGAAGUCCGGCGACCAGGCGGAGCGCGACGAGCUGGAGCUGGCGGCACUCGCCAAGAUUCAGGCUGCCAUCGAGGCGGGUAAGGGCGCCCGCACCGCCCCCCUCACGCGGGACGAGGCGGCGGCGGUGAAGGGCCUGGGGCUGCUCACCCUCAAGCCCCUAAUCUACGCGGCCAACGUCGUGGAAGACGACCUCGCAGACCAGGGCGCGAACAACCGCCAUGCCCUCCGUGUGCGCGCUGCCGAGGAGGGCGUGUCCGUGGUGGUGGUGAGCGCCAAAGUGGAGGCGGAGCUGAACGAGCUGCCCAAAGAGGAGGCUCGUGAGUGGCUGGAGUCCCUAGGUGUCCAGGACGGCGGGUUGUCCUCGCUGGUGCGAGCCACGUACUCCACAUUGGGGCUGCAGACCUACUUCACCACGGGCGAGAAGGAGACACGGGCUUGGACCAUUCGCAAGGGUAUGACGGCCCCCCAAGCGGCCGGGGUAAUCCACACGGACUUUGAAAAGGGCUUCAUCCGCGCCGAAACCAUCGCUUACAACGACUACGUCAAGUACCAGGGUUACACGGGGGCUAAGGAAGCGGGGGCGCUAAGGCUGGAGGGCAAGGAGUACGUGGUGGAGGAGGGGGAUGUCAUGCUCUUCCGGUUCAAUGUCUGA